UGCCCUACUUAAAAAAUACAGCUAAGUUUAGAGUCGUCUGCGGAUGACAAGAGGGAUCUGUCAUCUCGCAUCUUCUCCCCCAGGGCCUCCCACACCCACGCGAAGGGUUCUCGGGCGCCGAGCGCGCACCCCCUGCCGCGAGGCUGCAGGUCCCCGGCGCCCGCUCCUGCGGCCCGCGGGGGACGGACGAGCCGCGAGCGGCGGCUGCAGCCUGUUGAUCCCAUUUCCUCCCGCCCGGCUCCGGCUUAGGGAGUGGCUCUCCCAGGACCUCCCGUGUUUUCGUGCUCGGGCCCUGGUGCUCACACGGCUUCGGUGCACUGUCUGCCUCCAGGCAGCCUGGCUCGGCGCUUCGGUGCUGAAGACCUUUACUCGGCAUCCUGCGGGCUCGGGCUGCGCUGCGCGCUCUUGCUUCUGCGCUCCCUCCACACCCUGCCCAGCUUCCCGCGAGCCGGGGGGAUCGCUCUUUCUGAACGAAAAGUUCUCGGAGCCGAGUGGAGCCUCCCGGAAAAUGCUCUGCUCUUCCGUGUGCGCCGGAUGGAGGUGGGGGUGGGCCGGCAGCUAAGCCCCGCGGUCGGGAGGGCGCCGAGGGCCCGAGCCCGGAGCCCCGAGGCGGGGGCGCGAGAGGAGCCGGAGCGGAUGGCCGGGGCCGGCGGCCAGCACCACCCUCCGGGCGCCGCGGGAGGAGCGGGCGCCGCGGUCACCCCCGCCGCUGCGUCGGCGGGGCCCGCAGACGAUUCGUCCGACAGCGAAGCGGAGCAGGAGGGACCCCAGAAGCUGAUCCGCAAAGUGUCCACCUCCGGGCAGAUCCGGACCAAGACCAGUAUUAAAGAGGGACAACUGUUGAAGCAAACCAGUUCCUUCCAAAGGUGGAAAAAGCGUUACUUCAAGCUUCGAGGCCGUACGCUUUAUUACGCAAAGGACUCCAAGUCUCUGAUAUUCGAUGAAGUUGACCUCUCGGAUGCCAGUGUAGCUGAAGCAAGCACAAAAAAUGCUAACAACAGUUUCACGAUAAUCACUCCAUUCAGAAGACUAAUGCUGUGUGCUGAGAACAGGAAGGAGAUGGAGGAUUGGAUGAGCUCACUGAAGUCUGUACAGACCAGAGAACCUUACGAGGUGGCCCAGUUUAACGUGGAACAUUUCUCAGGGAUGCAUAACUGGUACGCCUGCUCCCAUGCCCGCCCCACUUUCUGUAACGUGUGCAGAGAAAGUCUUUCUGGAGUCACCUCCCAUGGCCUGUCCUGCGAAGUGUGUAAAUUCAAGGCUCACAAAAGAUGUGCAGUGAGGGCGACAAAUAAUUGCAAAUGGACAACUCUGGCCUCCAUCGGGAAGGACAUCAUAGAGGACGAAGAUGGAGUAGCUAUGCCUCACCAGUGGCUCGAGGGCAACUUGCCGGUGAGUGCUAAAUGUGCUGUCUGUGACAAAACGUGUGGGAGUGUUCUACGUCUACAAGAUUGGAAAUGCCUUUGGUGUAAAACAAUGGUACACACUGCCUGCAAAGAUUUAUACCAUCCUGUGUGUCCCCUUGGCCAAUGUAAAGUGUCCGUCAUACCUCCAAUUGCACUGAAUAGCACUGAUUCUGAUGGUUUCUGUAGAGCGACAUUUUCAUUCUGUGUUAGUCCUCUAUUGGUUUUUGUCAAUUCUAAGAGUGGAGAUAAUCAGGGAGUAAAGUUCCUUCGUCGAUUUAAACAGUUGCUAAAUCCGGCUCAGGUGUUUGAUUUAAUGAACGGAGGUCCUCAUUUAGGUUUAAGAUUAUUCCAGAAGUUUGACAAUUUCCGAAUUCUUGUGUGUGGAGGAGAUGGAAGUGUAGGUUGGGUUUUGUCAGAAAUUGAUAAGCUCAACUUGAAUAAACAGUGUCAGCUGGGAGUAUUGCCUUUGGGUACAGGAAAUGAUCUUGCCCGGGUUCUAGGCUGGGGAGGUUCAUAUGAUGAUGACACCCAACUUCCGCAGAUUCUAGAGAAGCUGGAACGAGCCAGUACCAAAAUGCUAGACAGGUGGAGUAUAAUGACCUAUGAACUCAAAUUGCCACCAAAGGCUUCUCUACUUCCAGAACCUCCAGAAGCAUCCGAAGAAUUUUAUAUGACAAUUUAUGAGGACUCAGUUGCAGCUCAUCUUACAAAAAUCCUCAAUUCUGAUGAACAUGCAGUGAUCAUAUCAUCUGCCAAGAUACUAUGUGAAACUGUAAAGGACUUUGUUGCUAAAGUAGAGAAGUCAUAUGAGAAAACGUUGGAAAACACCGUUGCAGCCGAUGCCAUGGCCAGUAAAUGUUCAGUCCUAAAUGAAAAGCUUGAACAGCUGCUUCAAGCCUUGCACACAGAUUCCCAGGCCGCCCCCGUUGUCCCAGGCAUCCGCUCUGUCAUUGUAGAAGAAGAUACCGUGGAAUCUUCUAGUGAAGAAUCCUUGUGUGAAAGCAAAGAACAACUCGUGGAUGACCCUGCGAAACCUCCAUCCCAGAAAGCUGUCAAACCAAAGGAAAUAAUGUUGCGGGCAAACAGUUUAAAGAAAGCAGUGAGGCAAGUCAUUGAAGAAGCCAGCAAAGUUAUGGAUGACCAGACCAUUCAUCCCUGUGAACCAGUUAACCAGUCAUUUGAUAACGAUAGUACAGAAACAGAUGAAUCUAAAGAAGAAUCUAAAGAUGAUGAUGCAAAAGAGUCAUUAACUGUUAAAACUGCACCUGCCCCUCGGUCUCCAGAUGGCCGGACAACUCGUUUCCAGACUGACUCUGGCCCUGGUCCAGCUGUGGCAGCCGGCAAAGAAAACCUCCCUGUGCUCAACACCAGAAUAAUCUGCCCAGGUUUAAGAGCAGGACUUGCUGCCUCGAUUGCUGGGAGUUCUAUUAUCAACAAAAUGUUGCUAGCAAAUAUUGAUCCUUUUGGUGCAACGCCAUUUAUUGACCCAGACCCAGAUUCAGUAGAUGGAUAUUCAGAAAAAUGUGUCAUGAACAAUUACUUUGGGAUUGGAUUAGAUGCAAAAAUUUCAUUAGAAUUUAAUAAUAAGAGAGAAGAGCACCCUGAAAAAUGCAGGAGCCGAACUAAAAACUUGAUGUGGUAUGGAGUCCUUGGAACCCGGGAGUUAUUACAGAGAUCGUAUAAGAACUUAGAACAGAGGGUUCAACUUGAGUGUGAUGGGCAGUAUAUUCCUCUCCCCAGUCUGCAAGGAAUAGCAGUGUUGAACAUUCCCAGCUAUGCAGGAGGCACUAACUUUUGGGGUGGAACUAAAGAGGAUGAUAUAUUUGCCGCACCAUCAUUUGAUGACAAGAUCCUGGAAGUCGUUGCAAUAUUUGAUAGCAUGCAAAUGGCAGUUUCAAGGGUCAUUAAACUGCAGCAUCAUCGAAUAGCUCAGUGCCGUACAGUAAAAAUCACUAUAUUUGGUGAUGAGGGCGUCCCAGUGCAGGUGGAUGGUGAAGCAUGGGUUCAGCCUCCAGGAAUUAUCAAAAUUGUGCACAAAAACAGAGCUCAGAUGCUAACAAGGGACAGGGCUUUUGAAAGCACUCUGAAAUCUUGGGAAGAUAAACAGAAGUGUGAUUCCGGUAAGCCAGUUCUUCGAACCCAUUUGUACAUCCAGCAUGCCGUUGACCUGGCAACAGAAGAGGUGUCCCAGAUGCAGCUGUGCUCCCAGGCUGCAGAGGAGCUCAUUACUAGGAUCUGUGACGCAGCCACGAUCCAUUGUCUUUUGGAGCAAGAACUGGCCCAUGCCGUAAAUGCGUGCUCCCAUGCACUGAAUAAAGCCAACCCACGGUUCCCAGAGAGUCUUACGAGAGACACUGCCACUGAAAUAGCCAUCAAUGUGAAGGCACUAUAUAAUGAAACAGAAUCUUUGCUAGUGGGCAGGGUUCCUUUGCAGUUAGAAUCCCCACACGAAGAACGGGUAUCCAACGCCUUACAUUCUGUGGAGGUGGAGCUGCAGAAAUUAACUGAGAUUCCUUGGCUUUAUUAUAUCCUACACCCAAAUGAAGAUGAGGAGCCCCCCAUGGACUGCACCAAGAGAAACAGCAGAAGCACGGUAUUUCGUAUCGUGCCAAAAUUUAAAAAGGAGAAAGUUCAGAAGCAGAAGACAAGUUCACAGCCUGUUCAAAAAUGGGGCACAGAGGAAGUUGCUGCUUGGCUGGAUCUGCUCAAUUUGGGAGAGUACAAAGAAAUCUUCAUCCGUCAUGACAUCAGAGGGGCUGAACUUUUGCAUCUGGAAAGGCGAGAUCUGAAGGACCUGGGGAUAACGAAAGUGGGUCAUAUGAAGCGAAUUCUCCAGGGAAUUAAAGAGUUUGGAAGGAGCACUCCCCAGUCUGAGGUGUAAUCAUAUUGGUGCUAUUCCUUGGAAGGGAAGUAAUUGCUACGUAAUACAAAGCUCUUAGAAGCAAUUGUCUGUUUCUGUACUUUUCUGCCUAGAAAAGCAAGCACCAUGGAAGCACCUCUAUGGCUUGAUAUGUUGCUGUGGGUAAAAAUUUUGAUUUGAGGUAUUAGAAAAUAUUUUUGUGCCAAAAAAUACAUUCCACAAAGCCAUUUUCUUAUUGUGCAAACUUGACACGUUCAAAUAUGCUCAUAUUAGUAAGAAGGUAGGAGGAAUUUGAGACAAUUGCAUUGUCAAAAAGGUGGAAAUGUUUACUUUCCUCAAACCUGGUCAGAUGGAAUGUUCUUACUAUGUGACUGCAUAACAAUAUGUGGCUAAAACUUCUUAGGUUUCGUUAUUGGAGGCAUUGGCUUCUUCCUUAAAAUCAUUGGUUAGGAGACUAAGAUAUAAAUUAAGUUGUGUUUUGAAUGUUAGAUUGGGUAUGACCUCAGAUUCCUAGCAUUCAGUGGUGGUAGAAUAUGGUUGAAACCCUUCAAAUGUUAUGAAUGAAUGCAAAUCUUAAUGCACGACAUUGCUGCCUGAAUUGUUUUUCUUUUUCUUGCAUGUCACAUGUAAUAUCGUAAAACUUAGCUUUAAUGUCAGUUUUAAUGUAAUUUAAUUUAUUACUACCGAAGAACCUUUUGUUGGUUCAAGGCACUUUUCUGUUCUUUGAUGUGGGAUUUUGGAUAAAUAUUCUGUAUCUAAGAUUUUGUGAACAUAUGUGUCUGUGCCAUAAUCAACAAAUGAUACACAUUUUAUGCAAGCCAAUUUGAUGUCACUCUAUUAUCAACAGUAGAUAUGCACAUUAAGAAAAUCUCUGGAUAUUUUCAUAAAAUUACAUGUUCUGUUGCUGAACAAAACUUAUUAUAGCUUCCCAAACCAAAAUUCCCACAUUUUGUUAUUUUUUGUUUUAAUUUAGUAUUUAUUUAAUACUCUUUGCCUUUAUAAAUGUAGUGGGCUGUUGACAUCCAGGAGUUUCCCCAAGAUCUCAAGUGGGAUUUGUAUACUGAUGGGUCACGCAGACUUGCCCACUGACUAGAGUGACUACUGACACAACAAGAGAUCUCUUCUCAACAAGAGAUUUAAAUUUUAAAUUUUUUCUUAAGGGCUUUAUAUUAUUAAUUAUUAUUAUCUCACUUAAUUCUUAUAUCAGGUAGAUAUUAUUUUCCUUUUUCUAACCCACUAGACUUCAGUGUAGCUUAUUAGGAGUCAACAUUGCAAAUUAUCAAAUCUUUGAAAGCCAAAAGCAUAAGUGUCAAAAAGUCACAAAAAUAUCCUUAAACUAUCUUUCUUUAGACAUUAUAUACCAAAAAUUAAUUAUAAUAUUUAAAAAUCUUCUAUAUAAGAGAAGUAAACAGGGUAUUGACCCAGUGGUGACAAUUUUCAUGAAGUAGCCUUCUAAGUAGGUGCUCAAUAAAUUUACCUACACACAUAUAUACAUCUACACAUGUAUGUUUCUAUACACAUAUACAUUUAUAUGUAAAUUCAACUUACAUAUGCAUAAUCUUGAAAUAUACUCUCAUUGAUAUUUUCUAGACAAUUAUUUGCCAAAUGCCUAAUGAGAGAAAUUAAUGGGAAAGCAUUUAAAAUGAACACUGUCAGACAUACAAUUUAAUGAUAGCCAAGAAUUUUAAAUAUCUGACACUUUAUUCUUAUUUAUAAAUCGGGUAUUUAACUACUAGUGAAAUCACAAAAUUUGGAUAUCUUAAAAAUAAAUGAGCCUGAUGGGCUCCUGACCAAAUGUGUCUGACUAUAUAUUUUACCUAAGUUGUGAAUAAAUAUUAAUUUUCCAAAGGGAAUUAUAUCAAGUAGUGUGAAAGAAUCAAAAGCUGCUCAAUAUUGUCAUGUUACCCACUCUUAUGAAAUCCAAGGGCUUCUCUUCCAGUUCCUUUAUAGUGCUCAUCUCCCCAUCCCCUUGCAAGGUGUCCUGCUUUUCCAGGCAUUUCCCUGUGAAAUUAAAAGAGAGAUGCCAGAGUCUCUGAACUCAGCUGUGAGAUCACAGAUCCCUGUCCAGCUCCACCAAAAAAAGAAAGGUAGAGGCAAAGAGGCAAGGAACCCUAGAGAAGAAUGAAUUGAUAUAAACAUCUUUAUUGAUUUUCUCUCACCCAAAAUACCCAUUUGCCAAUAGAAGAGAUUUAAGCUAUAUUACAUGUUCAAAUUCUAGAGUAAGAUAUAAAUGAUUAAAUUUUUUUGUUUGAUGGUGAUCUUCUUACUCUUAGGUGAUAACUCUUAUCUAUGCCAUAAAACCUCAAUUAUGGGCUCUUUAGUCUUUUAUCAGCUGAGGUGAGAAGCUUAAACCUGCUCCCAAUUGCCAGCUGUAAUCGCCACCUAUCCUCCCUGCCAGGCUCUCCCAUGCCUGGAUAAUAUGGGAGGGGUGAAGGGAAAUCACAGCCCAGCCGGCACCCAUUCCCUGCCAGUUUCAUUUUCCUGAAGAGCUUGCUUUUAUAUGUACAUUUUUUAUUUUAUUUUUAAGCAAUCUCCAUACCCAGAGUGGGGCUUGAACUUACAACCCCAAGACCAAGAGUCCCAUGCUCUACUGACUGAGCCAGCCAGGCCCCCCAGAACUUGCUUCUCAAGAAGGGAGGCGACAGACCUAAGUAAAAUUUUUAAGUACUCCAUUUUCCCCUUCAGUGUUAAUUCCACCUCUCUUUCUGAGUUCCCUUCCCACCUCCCGGCUUCCUAUCUCCCACAUGCCCAUUACUGUCACCAUUGCUCAAUUCCUCACUGCCAUGUACCCUCUCUACAUCAACUCUCCCACUACAGAAUGACUCCUUUCACCUCUCCCCACUUAAGUGUCCAUUGUGGGUCAUCUAAGCAAAGUGUCAGGAGGAAAACAAUUUAAAGAAACUAAUUUUACAGUUUGUGUUUUAUAAGAGGAAACUUGCUCAUCUAAAUGAAUUGAUGAGUUCGAUGAUUUGGAGACCAUGAUAUAGAUCGCUCUGGCUAAGAAGAGAUGACCUGUGAACGUCUAGACCCGUGCUGUCCAAUGUUGUAGGCACUAGCCACAUGUGGCUGUUUAGAUUUCCAUUGAAUUAAUUAUAAAGUUAGUUUCCCAAGGGCACUAGCCACAUUUCAAGUGUUCAGUAACUAUAGUAGAAACUACAGGUGUUGAACAUUUCCAUCAUGGCAAAAAUUCUACCGGACAGCAUUGGUCUAGAUCGUCAUGAAUCAAAUGUGGUCCAUGGACCAACAGCAUCCAUGCCACCUGAGAGUUUAUAGAAAUGCAGACUCUCAGGUCCCGUCCAGACCUACCAAAUCUCAAUCUUCCCCUUAAACAAGAUUUGUCAGUGGUUCACACUGGCCUAGCCACAUUUUUAUCCCUCCCAGACAUUGAGGAUUUGAGUUCUCAAAAAAAAAAAAACAAAAAAAAACCCUCAGAGUAGCUUACCCAACCCACUACUUCCUUGAACCAGAAAUGAGCUUUAACCCGAUCCAUCACUCUCACAAUUUCUUCUCAAUGCUUAUCCCUAAUUCUAGUUCUGGAUAUGCCCUGCCUACCCAGGAGUUAUAUUUUGGUAGCGAAGAUAAAGCAAGAUUGGCUGACGAAUGCAGCUGGCCUCUCCCAGCUCCCACGUCAUGUCCAAGUCACUAACAAUCCACCUUUGCUGAGUUUCUCGCUCAUGUGGCAUUCUCAUUUGUUCACAACUUAAGUCACAGGGAACAUUUCAGAAGAAUAUGUACUGAGAUAAGUAAAGGCUGGGCCAGUCUCCUACAACUUGUACUUUUCACUUUCUCUUAUCACUAGAUUAUCUUGUUGACAUAGUUCAUGCUUGAGGAUACAAACAGUGCAAGCACACGAAAUGAAUCACUAGGCAUGGAAAAAAAAAAAAAAAGAACCAAAAUGACUCCAAGUAAACCGAAUGUGUCGUUAAAGCCCUCAAAGAAGGCAUGUUUUGCUGGACUUUGUUUUUCUUGUUAUGCUAACUUAUCUUGAUUUUUCAGAUAGUUAAUAAUUUCUUAAAGUAGUUCCUGAGAUAUAUCAUAUUUUUGAUCCUUAAAAUACAAAUUAUUUAAUUCUAUAUUAAGAUUAAGCCAAUAAUCCUUCACUUAAUAAUUUUUACAUAUUGCUUUCAUUAACUAAAACAUUACUGCCUAGAGAUUCUUUAGCUAAUUUUAAGAAAUAAAGAGGGCACCGCUUUAGUCCUAAUAGAAGUUAUUUUUAACAGGAUUUGAGAAAGAAAAUAUUCAUGCAGAGCUAUGGCUUAGAAAAUUACAGUGGAAACCUCUAUAAACAUCAUUUUUAAAGUAAAUUAUCUAUUCUCUCAGACUAGGAUGACAACACAAUGGACUUUCGUGUCAUAUAGAUGCAAAUUCUUCGAGGGUAUAGUUUUUCACUAAGCUCCAUAAAUGAUACAUCUCUCAGCUUUGAUGUUUAAGAUCUCUCCUGCCCUCUCCCCUCAGAAUGAACUCAUCCUGCAUUUUUCAGAUGCAAGUUGGGUAGAACACUGGGUUCAGAGUUUGAUAAUAAUACAAGUGGCAGUUUUAAAACACCCAGGUUUUAAAAAUCAGUUGGAAAGAGUGAACAGUGAAGGUUCUUCAAAUACUAUCUAUUGGUCAAUGGAAUAACCUCCCCAGGCAGUUCCCAUGGUGCUUGGCAGCCUUGCCUCUUCCUCUCUGGCCUCCCCUCACAGAGUGCCGUGGGGGCCUGGGAUUUGUUCAUCUCUGCUAUGGCAUCUUUCCGGUGACUUUUGUAUAGCAAUCUCUGUGUCAGAUGGUAAGACGAUGCCUUUGCAGUAGCAGGCCUUCCUGAAGAAACAACCAAAAUUUUAAAAAGGCAAUGAUUAUUGGUUUUUAUAAUACCCAAAGCAUUCUUUACCUUUAUUAUUGCUUCUUUUUAUUAUUGUCUCCAAAUUUCGUUUAGAGACAUUUCUGUUAGCAGAAAAAACUAUAAAAGUUUAUCCUUACAGAGAACAGAGAGAUAAAAGACAGCUGGACUGUACCUAUUUGUAUACUUUUUCCGUUACUUUCGGGAAUAUAAGUUUAAUGGUAACUGAAACUGCACUAAACUCAGUAACAGUGUUGAAGAUAAAAACCCAUAUUACUACUGUAGAUGAACAGAUCGAUCCCCUCAUGUAACUCAGAUAGUCUAUUUACACAUAUUUAUAUAUCUUCUCUCUUCAUUUUUGAUGCACAUCCAUGUUUAAGUUGGAAAAACAGAAACCAAGCCACUACUUAAAAGCUAUAAAAGCUCCACAUAAAAUAUUUCGUUUUAGCUACAAGUUACUCAUUGCAUAGGAAUUUAUAAAUAGUCUGGGUAUUUCAUAGGAGCUGCAUUUCAAGAGUAAAUUAACCGUAUCUAAAAGAACAUAGGGAUACUUUUUAAAUGCAUUAAGAUAAGUUCCAUAUUCAGUUGAUGAUGCUAUUGAAGUAGGAUAAUGCAAUUAGAUAAACAAGCUAAAGAGAAAAAAGAAUAUAUUUUGUGGUCCUUACUGUUUGCACUAUUGUUUACCACAGCUUAGCCAUAUCUAUUUGUAUAUUCUAAGUAUUAAGCUGAUAUGUAGCUAAUGAUUUCUUACAGUUCUGGUAACUGGUAAUUAGUGCUGUGAAAGAUUUUGGUAUUGUAACCUUCCCAGUUUUGUGAGUUAUAUAUUGUAUAUUGAAGAUGACUAAUAAAUUGGAGUAAUAUAUUUAUCUAGAGCUGGGAAAAUAUGAUAAUUAUUUUCAAAUCUUCAAGUAAGUUGUAUGGAAUUUGUUUCUUCCUCUCCAGUGAGAUAAAAGUCUCACUUUUAUGUUAAAAUGUCUAUUUAUACAACAAGUUUCUCCUUUUACUGGUUUUAUUAAUUUUCAUAUUAAAAUUUUUCUUAUCUUUUGAUACCAAAAUAAUUAUCAUGCUGGUAAUUCAAACUGCCAAGAUGUAUUUUAGUUUGCAGGAAUUUUGGCAGACAAAAUAUUUAAUAACAAACCAGCUUUGUAUAUUUUGUGGCUUUGGGGGCAAGAAUUUUACCUUUGAAUCUCUAUGUGAGGCAGUGCUGAUAUCAACAAAGUCAAUGAUAAGACAGUAUUAUUUGUGAUCAUCAGUAGAAGGUUUUCUCAAGUUGUAUAAAUCAGUGCAUUUAUUUAUUAUGUUGUGAAAUUUAAUCUUUAUACAAAACGCAUAUUCUAGCUUUGUUACUGCUGUUGCUUAGAGCGUAAUAGGUCUGUUAAUGAUUUACUUAUGUACUUGAAGUACUCAUUUCUGUCAAACAGAUGCCCGUUUUUUUUCUCGUUAAAAAAAUGGUAUUUUUUUUUUACCAUUAUUGGUAAACAGUACUAGAAAUUUGUUAAAAAAUAACUUGCCUAUUUAAAAUAAAUAUGGAAAAAGGCAUAAAGCCAAAAUGAAAUCAUCAAUAUUAAGAAUUUAAUGUAACCAAGGGAUUCACUGUGCUGUCUUUUCUCAAUAUGUAUUUUAUCUUCAAGUUAGGACUUCUUUUCUGUGAUAAACUUUCUGCUUUUCUUAUAAAAGAGAUCUCAGCGCUUGUAUGUCAGUAUAGCACUCAGCUGAACAUUGACAUUCUUGAACCCAAAAAAUAUCACAUACUUCCGGGGGGCCAGCUUUAGAUUCAAGGGUGUGUAUUUUUAACACAAGUUUGCAUUUGACUGGCCUGCUUUACAAAUAGUAACCUUGAUGGAUAGUGCUCUAUUUGUUUCUGUCAAUUAAGUCAGUGGGAUUUUAAUUGAGUUUUGAGUUACCUUUGUUUAAAAAAGUAUUCUUUGUUCAACUCUUUAAAAAACUAGAAAUUUAAAACAUAAUGGCAUAACCUACCACAGAGAACAAAAUUAGGUGUUUUUGAGGAAGAAAAAAAAAAAUGUUCUGACUUAAUGUGAGCCAAUGUUGUAUGCCGAAGAAACCGAUUUAACAAGUCCAACAUUCAACCGUUUUAUUGUUUUGCAGUGUGAGCUGUAGGUGAAUUGUGAACUGUUUAAGAAGUAUAGUAGGAGAUGAGAAUUAAUUUACUAAAAUUUUAAAGAGAGUUUUGUAUUAAUUUCACUGUUGCACAAGCGAUUAUGGAAGGCAGGAAAAAUAUAUGAGAAAUAUAUUGAAAUAUAUGGAAACAGUAGAAAGAAAAAGGAGCUCGAGCUGGUAAUUAGGCGAAGAUUUGGAGAUGAAUAGUUAGAACAUAGAUAACACAAAACAUGUGUGAGAUGUUCAAUACCACAAAAACCCAAGAAAGUCACACUGGUGACGUCUGAGACUGGAUCUGUUUGGUAUCAGAAUAGCCAGUGAAUUCAGGGAGCUCAUUCUACUGUUGCAAUUUCGAAGUCAGGUAAGCAGGUAGUUGGGAUGACCUCGUUUGUGUUUUUUACAUGAGCAGAUGUCUGUGUUUUGUCAACUUAGUGAUUGACUGAGGGAGAACGAGACACGAGGACUUAGCCAGUUCCUACAGAAGAAUCCUCAUAGGGUCACCUGCGUGGCUCAGUGGUUGAGCGUCUGCCUUUGGCUCAGGUCAUGAUCCCAGGGUCCUGGGAUCAAGUUCUGCAUUGAGUUCCCCGCCGGGAGCCUGCUCCUCCCUCUGCCUCUGUCUCUGCCUCUCUCUGUGUGUUUCUCAUGAAUAAAUAACACGUUAAAAAAAAAAAAUCCUUGUAAAGGUGGAUCAGCCUGUACCAUGCAGACUAAAGAGAUUUUCAUGAACUUGGCUAAGCUUUGAGAUUUGUUAGCAGUGAUAGAUUUUCCUUUCAUUUGCAACAAUGAAAGAUUGUCAAAAUUUACAAUAUUGUAUAUAGCUGAAUUACAUGAUUCUGGAGUUGGAAAUGUGGUUUAGAUUUAUUUGGUUCUAUAACUGACUCUGGCACUGGCUCACUGUGUGUUUUCUACAGACUGUGGAUGUUUUGGUGUUUCUGUUUUCCCAUUUGGAAGUGGCACACAGUAUUACCAAUUAUAAGUACUUGGUAAUUUUUCUUUUACAGCAGAAAUUAUGUAAGUGUGAAUCAUACUGAGAUUGACCAAUUCUUUCCCAUUGCCAUUUGAUAUACAGAGAAAGACUUCCAAAACUAUAGCAUGAAAAUUAAAAGUCCAAAUCAAGAGCCCUGAUGUUCAGUUUGACAUGAGAGUGAAGCUGCAGGACUACUAUCUGUACCCGAGUAGGUUAUGGAUAUUUUCACCUGUGUAUUACAGGUCCAUAUUUUCAUUUACUCUCACUUCAGAAUCUUUAGAAAUUUAAUAAUUUUAUUUUUUUCUACACUCCCCCUAAACAGUCACAUCCUAGUAGUAUAUAGAUAGAUACUUUUUAAAAAAAUUAAUAUCUUCAUGUCUUUUCUUAAAUUAACUCCCCAGGGGCACCUGGGUGGCUCAGUCAGUUAAGUGUCUGCCUUUGGCUCAGGUCAAGAUCUUAGGGUCCUGGGAUCGAGUACCGUGUGCAUCAGGCUCUCUGUUACAUGGGGAGUCAGCUUCUCUCUCUCUCUCUCUCUCUGUGUUCUCUCGUUCUCUCUCAAAUAAAUAAAUAAAAUCUAAAAAAAAGGAUUAACUCCCCAAAGAGGAAACUGUCUCUUUAAAUCAGUGGUUAGAAAAAUACAAGUUUUGUUGGGGACUUUUCCUAUCUUGUUUUAUCCUGUGGUGUCACUUACUCGGAAGCUGGAGCACUAGCUACAUUCUCUGGCUGUGGGAUGGUGCUCCGUCAUGCGAAGUACCUUAGAAACUUCCUAUAAAGAAACGAAAUUAGAGAUUGUUACCAGUGUUACCAUAAUGGAAAUCUGAGUUCAGUUGUUGUUAAAAUCAUUAAAUGAAAGUGAGGGUAAAUUAAUAUUGACUUCUAUCUUCACCAGACAUUUGAAUUCAGUCACUAACUGAUACUUAAAAUUUUGUUCCUAAAUCUGGUAUUUAUUGUAGCAUAAUAUGAUGACUUGAAGCUCCCGUUACUUCCCCUCCUCCUGAAAAUGUUGAAAUUACAAGAGGGUGAAAGCUACAGGAAAGAGGGAAAAGGUAGAAUCAGAAUUCUGCGUGAGAUUUUAAUCUGUGUAGUGACACAACCCAGUUGUCAAGAAGACGGGUCUUUAGAUGGUGAUUCCAGAAUGAUUUGGUACAGUGACAGGAAGGAAUUAUUUUUCUGGGUAUUUGCCUCUCACAAUACCUGGUAUACAGAUGACCCUAGGAUAAUUAACGGUAAUUGUAAAUUUUUUUAGAACCUACCCUGUUUGCACAUCUCCGUUGUGCAGCAACUUUUUAAUAUUUGUAAUGAUGAGGAUGGAAGAGUUGCAAACUGGAGCAGUUCUUUUGUUUCCUCUCCUCCUUCUACUUAAAAGCUUUUGAGAGAUGACACCGUUUUCAUAGCAACAUGACGUGAUUUUGUGCUUCUGCCAAGAAAUUCACAAACUAAAAUAUGGAACAAAACCAUUGCUUCACCCCAACCUUGGUUUUGGAUUGUAUAAGAAAAAGCCUUUCAAACAUCAAAGCUUUCUCGGUGUUUAUUUGGUGGCGUAUUUCAGUUUUUAUCCACCUCAAAAGUUGAAUUGGCAUUUUCUGUUCUAUUUCUGGUUGCAGUAAAGCAAUAGUUCCAUCGCAUUAGUCAGCCUUCUAUCAGUACAAACCUUCGUGAUUCUUCUCUCCUGUGCUCUUACCAUUGUUUUCCAGCAACCAGUUUUCCUACAUCCAUUCUCUCCUACCUCUAUAUGACCCUCUUGUGUAUGGUCAACGGAGUGAUCUUUCUAAAAUGCACAUUUGCUUUGUCAUUCCUUUGCGAAAAGUUCUUACGUAGGUUCUCCUUUUUGUAGAGCAACCUAACUUCUUGGUGUGACAGGUAAGGGGCUCUGUGGCUUUGCCUCGGCCUACCUUUUGUAGCAUCCUCAGCCACUGAUUCCUCUAGAGACCUUUUGUAAUUCAGGAAUUUGGAGCUACUUGCAGUUCACUGCCUUGGCAUAACCACUUGCUAGAGAUCCAUGCUUUUCAAGACUCAGUUCAGAUUUUAACUUUCUGUGAAGCUCUACCUGGCUUUCCCAGCCAGAGUUAAGUAUUUCAUCCAUGCUCCAAAGCAUCUUUAAACUUUCUCUGUUAAAAUAACAUCACGUUUCAAUAUAGCUCCCCCCACCCCUGGAAUUUCUCUGUCUUUGUAGUCUGUGGAGCUAGCACGUAAUAGGGGUUGAAUAAUUGUUUUUGAAGGAGCGAAGGUUAUAUAGAACCCAAACUUCUCUCUAUUCUUAUACUUUGACAAAUGAAAGCUUAGACUUCCUGAGUCACGUGAGGGGUGCCUUUACUCAUGAGCAGGUGAGCACGCACGCAUGCUGGGCAAGCCAACAGAAGAUAAACAUGAAGGGAGAGGGAUUAUUUUGAAAAAGGGUAAUCAUUUGUUAGCUUUAAAUCAGAAAGAUUUACCAAAUCUGAAUUCUUGUUUCUAAAAACGAGGCUUACAGAAUUUUCCCGUAACUGUCCAUUUCUUGCUUGUAAUUCCUAAAUAUGCCCUAAAGAUGACCUUUCUCCUUUGCAGACACAGUGUACAAUCUGUAUGAACACAUAUAUUGCUCAUCUAAGCAAAAUUAUAAGAUUUAAGGAAGAAUCAAAACCAGUAGUGAAGGGGAAAUUUUCUCAAAAGGAAUAGUCUGCUAGAGAUAUAGGCUGAAUUUGUGUGAUUUCAGGUCAUUUAUAGCUGUCUGUUGCUAUUAUCACCCCUUCUAGAACACAGAGACUAACAUCUGUUACCUAAUGGCUUGUUUAUCUUUUAUGAUCCUAUAAAACCUUUCUACCAUGUUCCCAAAUCAUGAUAAAGGUCAACACAAAAAAGUUCCUUAUAGUUAACAAUUUCUAAAAUUAAAUAGUAAUUAAAAAUUAAAAAUGCGUGUCUUUAAAUUAAAUGCUUUCUUCCUUUACUCGAGAGACAUUUUUUGUACCUGCUGUAUACUUGGCCCUCGAUUAGAUGCUGGGAAUACAAUAAAAUAGUUUGUCUUCACAAUUAUUUUCUACAGCCUAAGAAUAUGGGAGGACAGGUUUUUCACUGAAUAUUUCUCAGGCGAUUUCAGAGUAGUCUUGUUCCACCCCCCCAAAAAAAUAACCAAAUUCUAUGUCAUAAAGAAUUAAUCCCAUUUUUAUGUCCAGUUUUUGUACAGCCACAAACAACGUUUGGCCAUCACUUGUCAAGUAAGUCUUCCAUCAGUCCUAUAGAGCCCCAGUUCUGCAACUGUAGAUGCCAUGUGUGAUCCAAGAGACUAAUAGAUUUGUCAAACAAGGGUUAAAUUUCAAGUCCUUUUGAGGAAGGUGUAUAUCCCUAUUCAUGGCACAUACACCAAAAUAUAUGAGGUAUGCAUUGUAAACCCACAGCAAAGGGGAAAAAUUAUGAAGUCGUGCUUUCUGGUAUACUUCAAAGACUCCAAGUUUGAAGUAAUAGGUUGAUAUUUCCACCUCAGUUAUUUUUAAUGGGGAAUAGUAAUAUUUAACAGGUAGCAUUAUAUCUGAGCAUAUAGCAAAUAUACUGCUAGUAUUUGUAUGCCACAAUGCACUGGUGUAGAGGAAAGAAAACAAAACAUUUGAGUUAUAAACAAAUUCUCUGAAUAUUUAUUGAUGGUUAGGCAAUAGGGUUCCUUUAUAGGAAGGGAAAAAAGUCUUUACUGUAAGUAAGUAUGGAAAAAACCUUACUUGUAUGUUUAUUUACAUUUUGGUAGGCAUAUUUCGGAGUCCUUCUUUCCCAUCAGUAUAAAGUCAUCAACCAUUUCUUCGUUCUCUAGCAGCAGGAAAUUCUUAGUUUGAUGCAACUUCACUCUCUGUUCCGUAAAAGGGCCACAAAAGGAGGCUCAGAAGACUCGGCCCUUAUUAUUUUACCUUUCAGUGAAGAUAAUCAAUAAUUAUUUGUCUCCUGUUUACCAUCGUGUUGAGAACCUAACAACAUAGUCCCUGUCGUCCCUUACAUUGCAAAAGAUAGUUUUAAUCUAGCCUUUGCCAUAUUAUUUAUAGUUGAGGAUUUACUACAUUUUGGUAGUCUGUUUUGAAAUUUUUGCUUGUAUCUGAAAGAUGCAGAUCAUGUCUAUUUAUUACACAAUGGGCUCUGUUUGCUGCAGAAAAGAGUGGAACUUUUAACUGCUUAGCACACUUGCCAGUGAAAUACACCCGACAGAGCAGAGGUUGUAACUUUGGCUCUAGUUCGAACCUUUUAAUAAUGGUAAGAAAAUGUGUUUUGUUUGUUUACAUGCUGUUUACAAUGGCAUAAUUUUUUAAAUAUAUACGAUUGAGAUAUUUAUUGCAUACUAUUUUAAAGAUGUUUUAUGUGUUUUCACCUUUGGAAUAUAUUGUUACAGUUACUUAUACAGAUAAUUUGGGUGGCUUUGUUAAUGUAGCUAGUAAUUUUUAUGACUACUAAGUGACCAGUUUUCCGUGCCUUUUAUUGUGGGAUGCAUGAUUAUGUAUUUAUUGUACGGAAGUCACUGAUGUGUGUAUUUUUGUACUUUGCCGAGAGUAACGGUUGAUCUCGAUGUACACGAUGAUGAGAGAUGCCUUUCCUAAAGGCCACUGCCUUGAGAUCGUCCUUCUCAAAUAAAAAGAAUGCAUUUGGAAAAAUG